AUGACAUCACCCUGGGCUGAUCGAUGCAAGAGAGCCCCCGUGACCAUGUCAGACUCAGGCAACGUCUGCAAUGAGCUCGUGCAACUUCCGGAAUCUUGCAGCGUAACCUACGAUGACCUACCAGACGGCGCGUGUUUCCGGCGACCCCCCCUCCACGGAGCCGAAUAUCCCCCCACACCCAAGCCCUCCCCCAACCCCACGCCCUCACCUACGCCUGUGGUUACGCCCGUGCCCACGCCCCUGCACACGCCCGCGCCCACCCGCCCCGGGACGCCUGGCAUCAUCACCGGGCCCUUCCCUAUCCAGCCCGCGGUGCCGCCCACCUCGGUCGUGGCCCUCGUCGAGGUAAGUGACCUGCUUGCCUGUUCUGUCCGUGCAAUGGCACUCACGGAGCCUUUCUACUUCUGCGUAACCUACGAUGACCUACCAGACGGCGCGUGUUUCCGGCGACCCCCCCUCCACGGAGCCGAAUAUCCCCCCACACCCAAGCCCUCCCCCAACCCCACGCCCUCACCUACGCCUGUGGUUACGCCCGUGCCCACGCCCCUGCACACGCCCGCGCCCACCCGCCCCGGGACGCCUGGCAUCAUCACCGGGCCCUUCCCUAUCCAGCCCGCGGUGCCGCCCACCUCGGUCGUGGCCCUCGUCGAGCUCAUAAGAUUAACGUAG